GCGGGCACGCAGACAGGACGUGAAGCACGGAGACCCCUGGAGUCAGUGUCCAAUCACAGAAGACGCCUCGGCCUCUGUGGAGCUGCAGGCGGUGUUCGGGGUGGAGGGGAACUCCUCCUUCCUGGACUGUGUUCCUCGGUCGGGGCAGGCGGAGAUCCGGUGGACGGUCCAGCCGAAAGAGAGCCAGACGCUGAGUCAAAACACACAGCUGCUUCCUGACGGCGGCCGUUCCCUCUAUCUGAAUCGAGGUUUGCUGGUUCAGCGCCUGCAGGUCUCUGACUCCGGCCUCUACACCUGCUCCAGCCUGGAGCGCUCCUACAGCCAGGUCCUGGCCCGGUACCAGCUCCACGUGCUGUCCAGCAGCACCCUGCAGCCAGAGAGGGCCAAGACAACGUCCCACUUCCAGCAGAACCUCAGCCCCAACCAGCCGGGCAGCGUCCCAAUCGGCAGGGGGUUCCUGGGUCCUCUGAAAAACUACAAGGAGCUGCAUACCAACAGUCUGAGCAUGGACGAGUACUGCGAGCAGCUCUGGUACCGGGAGAAACGCCGGCAGCAGAAACUCAGAGCGCUGAAGCUGAAGCAGGAGAGCAGGAAGGCCCGGGUGAGGAGGCACAACCCCCCCGAGGGGCCUCUGUAGAGCCCUGAAGGACAGAGACACUGCUCAGGGACAACACGUCCAGCACACGAAGAGGACAUACAGUCCCCUCCAAAGCCACUGGAACAGCGACGUCUGUUGCUUUAUGUUUGCAGUACACUGACAACAAUUGGGUUUCACAUCAAAAGAGGAAUAUACCUGGAUGUAAAUACCUGGAACUAAAAGCCUUUUGUCUCAUCUUGAUUUCAAUUGUUUUCAGUGUAUAGCAAAAAUAAAGCAAUUGGCGUCGCUGUUCCAGUAGCUUUGGAGGGGACUGUGUCGUUAAAUCAGUUUUGGAAUAAAGAAGGGAUGAUUUCUGUAUUUCAGUCACUUUUUAUACAACCAGUGAAAUAGCUGAGAUGAAGGCCCUGUUCCAAACCGCCCCCUACACCCUAUCCAACAGAGAGGCUGACUUCACCUGCUGCUCCACCUGACCGACUCGACGCUGUGUGUAUGUUACCUCGUAUUGUUUUUAAGGAUCACGUUUUAUUAUUGUUUUGUUUUUUUCAAGAGAUGGUUUCAAAUGAGCAUCUCUUGGACAAAGAAUAACAAAAAGAAAACUCCCAAAAUCUUUAAUGGCGUUUCUUUUAUGUAAACGUCUAUAUGUUUUCUAAACUAAACACGAGUAUAUGAUCCUAAGUUUGAAAACAAUACGAGGUAACCAUGAAGUUGUUAACAUCUGUAGUCGAUAUGAAAUCUGCAGUUUAUCAGUACAUGUUUGAACUGUUUGUGACUGGAAUUGGGCCUUUAUUACAGAGUGUGUAGGGGGCGGUUUGGAACUGGGCCUGAGUGUGCAAAACUAACAAGCUAGAAUCCGUUAGUAGGUCUCACUCCCACACAGAAACAUGUAAACUAUAUAUAAUUAAUGACAGAAGACUAAAGUUUGCCCUUUGUUUAAACAUGUAUUUAUGUUAAUCGUAUACAUGUAUUGAUUUAUAUGGACUUCAGUGGAGACGCACACAUUAAAUGGACAUUAUAAUGUAAAGCUUAUUAAUAACUCUGCCUUGUAGCUAAUACAUAUUAUUCACAUCGAUGUAUAUUAAAGAACUCUAUUUUUGAUAGUUUUCUUCUUUGUAAGUUUGAAUUUUAGUACAUUUCUACAUAAACGUGUGUGUUUUUCAUUAGCAGCUGUUUGGACGAAGAAGCUUUGAGAUCAAUAAAUGUAAAUUGUGUUUACUGUAUGUGAAUAAGCCACAACAUGUUGUACAAAUAAAAACAUAGAAACAUUCAAA